CGACCUAAUCCAAUCGCUAGAAUAACGCAAAGGAAGGAAGAUACGAUUUAAUUUCAAUGAAAAUUUUACAAUUUUAACGUGCAAAAAACCAGAACGUAGUUGAAAGGACCUUUUCAUUAUCAUUGUUAAGCGUUCGUUUUGUGAAUAUUUAGUGCAAAAAUUUUAAUAGAAAUCUCUCAUUCCCAUAACAACAAAAAAGAAUAUCAAUUUUCUUCGGUAAGGAAAUCAAUAAAUAAUGGCUGGCAAAUUAUGAUUGAAGCCAGCCAGUCAGCCAACAGCACCAAUGAAUUGACCAAAAAGAAGAUGAGAGAUGUGAACGAAAAAAAAAAGAUGAAAGAAAAAAAAAUUACACGGUCGUCGUCACAGAAGAACGGUUUUUGUGUUUUGUAAAAAAUUCCAAGUGUUGUGAAUGAAACAUGAAAAUUACUCUCCUUGGUUCCUUUGUCAAUCGAGCCAAAUAAAUAAAUGAAUGAUAAUGAUGGCUAAAUGCAAAAAAGAAAAAAAAACAAAUUAAAGAAAAAUUCCAAUUUUCUUGUUUUUAGUUUUGUGUGUGUGUGUAUGAAAAAUAUUAACUUAAUAGUGUUUUUGUUGUUGCAUGAAUGAAUGAAAGAAAAAUGUUCAAGUGGAAAAUUAUAAAAUAAACAAAAGAAAUUUUCACUGGAAAUGAGAAGCAAUAAAAAAAACUUCCCCACCAGAAUCAAUUUGAUUCUGUUGGUCUCUGCUUUUUUCUGCCUUUGCUUGCUUGAAAUCUUGUUCAGUGGUCUGCGUUUGGGACUCUUCGUUGUUCGUUUCCCUAAUUCUUGUUCUGUGUGCCUUUUAUUGAAUUUUAUGCCGCAUCCUCUUUUUGCCCUUCAAUCAUCCUCUUUUAACGGAAACUUUUUUGUUUGCCGCAUUCAACCCCAAAAUGCGAUGGAAAAAACAAACACACCAACCAACAUCGUCGGUAACAACAGCCGUAGCAGGAACGAAAAGACGAAACAUGAAAAACAACAACAUCAGCAAUACGGCGUUUUUAAUAAAUGAAAAUAUCCAUCCACCACCCCGCACACCCCGCCAAGAGCUCCAACAAAACUCAAUGAAAAUAAAACAGAUUUGUUAUUUUCUUGUUUGUGUUUCUUUGGCAGUUCGGCCGAGUGUGUUUGUGCGUGCAAGUGCAUGUAAGUGCAAGCGAGCAAGCACUACAUGGAGUGUGUAAAUGAGAUAGACUAUAAAAGUUGUUUGGUUAGUUGGUGGUGUGGACAGAAGAAGAAUAAGAAAACCCAACAACAACAUCACAUCAAAACACAAAUUGAAGAGACGAGCGAAAAGAAAAAAAACAAAACACAAGCCAAACAGCAAUAGCCGAUUGUGGGAAACAAACAAUAAAAUAAAAGAAGAAAGAAAUGUAAAAAAAAUAAAAAUAUGUGAAUAGGAAGCAAAGAAGGUGAGAAAAAAUAACAAUAAUAAAACGCAGAGAAAGAAGAAAAAAACAGAUUUUCCAAAACCAAACAUAAGGGAUGUUGGAUAAAAAUAAACCACGAAAAUACAGGAAUGCACAAAACAAACAAGAAAACAAAGGAAACACCGAAAUCAAAAUCACGUAGAACAGCAGCCGUAGCAGCGAAUAAAGGAACGAAUGAACGAACGAAACGAACAAAAGGCACAAAAGGGACGAGCAGCAAGCAAAUCCAGCCAACCAGCCAGUCAACCAUCCAUCCAUUUUCACAAGAAAAUUCAUUCGUGUUUGUCAAAAACACUGACGUUUUUCCAUGAAUGUGUGUCCCGUGUAUAAAUUUUGAGGGAGCAAACGAAUGUGUGUGUGCGUAUUUUCUUCUUUUUUUUAUUAUUAUUGUGUCCGUGUGCGAGUUUAGUGUGCGUGUGUGAGUGAGUGUGGAAAAAGGUGAACUGUGCAUGAAAAACUAUUACAAAAAAAUAAAAUGAAAAUGAAGCAAAGGAAGAAAAAUGCGUAGUAAAAAAAUACAAGUCUCGGCUAAAAUUUAAUUCUUUUUCCUCCGUUUUCUUCGUUUAGAAAAUGAAUUAAAACGCCAACAAAAGCAAAUCCACAGAAAUUGCAAAUAAUUGAAAAAAAAACUUAUUGUCGGUAAUUGGUGGAUGUAUGGAAAACGACAACGACGACGACGAGGAAUAAAUGAAUGAAUGUGUGAAUAAAUGAAAACAAUAAUUAAGUCUGACGAAGACGACGACGACGUAUAAAAAUCACAUACCACAAGCACCACAUCAGGUCGGUCGGUCAGUCCAGUGUAGGGUUAAUCCACCGAACCACCAAACAUGGAUGGCUCUAAUAAUACAUCAGGAGGUCUAUCUUCGCGCAGUCUUCCCUCGCUGUUCUCAAUGAGCAAUGGUUCCUCGAUGGCUACCAAAGACUUGGAGGGUCUGAUAGCCAUGAAUGACAGUGCUUUGUCUCAACAAAUCGAAUUUAUACUACAGGAUGCCCCCAUGGAGGAGCAUGAUGACGACGAUGAUGAUGACCACAGUGGCGGUGGUGGGGGCAACACAGGGGUCCAUCACCGAAUAUUGUACCAACAGCAGCAGCAACAUCAAGGCAGCAAUGAUCUAAUGACCUCUGUAAAGGGUCAACAGCUCAUGGACACAGAAAGUAAUUCCGAAGGGGCCAUAUCAGUAGUUGGCACUGGACCUGCUAGUGUUAUAAAACUUGAGACCCCACCGAACUCUACAACACCCAUAACAAGCGCUUCCGAUUUAAGUCAAACCAGUCAAGAUGCCGCCGAACAAUCCAUGGUGAAGACUAUCACACAUCAUCAACAGCAACAGCACAUAACAACCACAGCGGUUAGACAGCAGCAGCAUCAUUUUCUAAAUGGACGCGGCAUUAUUGUCAGAUCUUCAGAUAUCCAUGACUACAACUCCCUGCCUUUAGCAGCAUCAGCGGCGGCUACAGUUCACGAUGAGGAAGAGGAGGAGGAUCCAGAAUUGAACGAUGAGAAUUUACAAGAUAUCGAGGAAGAAGCCAAGGCAGCUGAGGCCGAUGAAGAGCCACCUCUGUUAGAUGGCAGCCAAAUUAAAGUGGAACAUAUGGAUGAAAUGGUGGAGACAGUAUCAGCACCUCGCCUAACCUAUACCAGUGGUCCCACCACCGUUACCACCACAAAUGCAGAAGGUCAACCCACCCAACUGGUGUUGCCUGCCGGCUCCAUUGUUAGUACGACCACACGAUCUGUUACCGUACCGGUAUCCGAAGCUUUAGCUCAUUUACAAAGACGUCCAGUAUUCAUAAGUAAUGGCAUGGCCAAUGUGGGUGGCACAACUCUGGUAAGAAUGCCAGCAAUGUUGAGUCGCAACGGUUCCAUGGCCGUAUUGAAUGUGGUUCAACAGCAGGUUGGUAGUGGUGGUCAGACCACCCAGUUGAUUUUGCAAGCUUCACCGGUCUGCAGUGUGGCCAAUUCUUCGAAUAGUACACCGAUGUUAGUGACCACCUCGCCCCAGGCAUCUAUAUCAGGUGGCGAAUUAUCAGGGAACUCAUCUCCAAGAACUACGGCAAUCUCAUCUAGCAACAGUAACAACAACAACAAUUCGGCAGCAACAAGCCAAAUUCUUUCGAAUGCAUUAGCGGGAAAUUCACCCACAAUAAUGGCCAUAAAUACAAGUCCUAGCAACAAUAAUACAGCUACCAUAGUAACAACACCAGCAGCAUCAACACCAACCAGAUCGCCACCAAGAUCUUCAUCGGGGCAUAAUAAUAAUAAUAAUGGCUCCAGUUCAGCCCAACAACAUCCGGUGGCAUCCACCUCAGCCCAGGCCCAACAACAGCAGCAGCAGCAACAACAGCAAAUUGUUGCCACAAACUAUAGCCGCAAUACAGCAUCAACAUCGCCACCAUCUUCCACAUCGUCAGCCUCCCCACCCUCAUCAACGUCCACACCAUCCGGCACCAUAUACCAGUGCAUGGAAUGCGUUGAGAAAUUCGAUAACAAGGAACUCUAUGAAAUCCAUCGUUCCGGACACGCGAACAACAUGAAAUGCGCCAUCUGCAACAUGGUUCUGAAAUCCCUAAAGAACUAUGAAAAACAUUGUCUCCGCUGUAAGCCAUACGAAUGCCAGAUAUGUGGUCGUGUUGUACGUUUUCGUCCUAACUUCAUAAAGCACAUGCGCGUCCACACGGGCCAACAGUCGGAACGUCAUAAAUACAAAUGCGAAGUGUGUCAUAAGGAAUUUAUGAGCUUUGAAUAUUUCAAAGUCCACAAAAAGAUUCACAAUGAAAAUGUCAAUUUGACAUGUGAAAUAUGUGGUAAACAAUUUAGUGCGCUCGCCUCGCUGCGCGGUCAUUCCAAGCUGCAUUCAGGUGUUAAGCUACACAAAUGUGAAGUUUGCGGUAAAGGCUUCGGUCAACGCUACAAUCUGAAAAUCCACGCUCGCACCCAUACCGGUGAUUUUCCAUUCGAAUGUAAAAUUUGCAAAAAGAAAUUGCACACCCAAUCAUCAUUACAGACCCAUAUGCAAGUCCAUCAACGUGUUCAGACGACGUCACAGGCCACGUCGACCAUUAAAUCGACAGCCACCAGUACCACAACCAGUGGUAAUACCAGUUCGAGCAGUAGCGCCGACAGUGCACACAAUUCCCCCACAUCAACCAUUGUCAAGAUGGAACCACAAUCGUCAUCAUCAUCGGUUAUAGAUAAUCAUCCUAGCACAAGCAGUAAUCUACUAUUGAGCCAGCACUCAUCAUCAAUGCACGACGAUUUGGAUGAGAAUUCGGGACUGAGCGAUGGUUUGAACAGUUUGAACGGCCAUCAAUAUGUUAGCACCAGUAGUCUGAACAAUACCAUGAUUACAGCCACCGGCGAAGAGUCUUCGGAGUCUUCGAAUACAUCUCAAGAAUUGCGACAAACCAGGCAAAUAUUAUUAAAUGGCGGUACACCCACCCGGGCAAUUGUGAUCAAUAAUUAUAUGCAAAGUGAUAAGGGUGUUGAUACACUGCUGUCGCAGACGUCGCAACCCACACAGCGGAUUCAUGCUCAAGUUAUACGUCAAAAUAGUAGCGGUGGUGUUGGUGGUGGUAGCGGAGUUAUUGGCGGCGGUAGUAGUAGUGGUGGUGGUGUUGGCGCCAGUAGCAGCAGUGCACUGCAACAGCAGUUGAUGCGUAAGACACCCAUAAUACAUUCAACGGGCGGUGUUACUUCCUUAUCUGGUUCAGUAUUUAAUAGUUCAAUACAGCAAAGGGGCUCGUCGCCCUCACCCUCGCCGUCAUCAUCGUCAACGUCAUGUUCCUCUUCUGUUGUGGUCUCCAAAUCGUCGGGUGUGCCCCUUUCGCUGGCAUCGGCUGUCUUGGGUUCCUCAUCGAUAAUACGCAGUACACGUGAUCAUGAUCUCAACGGUCAUCAUCACCAGCACCAACAACAGCAAAACCAAUCGCAACGUAAUAACCACCGAAAUCACCACCGGCGUCGUCAUCUGGCCGAUAUGGAUGAUGACGAUGAUGAUACGAAUUUACAUCAUCCCACAAAUGGACGUCAUUUCGAUGAUGACGACGACGUUAUGUUAGAUGAGAAAUCUUCCCCGUCCCUGGCAACGACUGCCAUUAAAACCGAACCGAAUUUCUAUGUCUCGGGUGAUAAUUCAAAUGAGAUGCUUAUCAAAGAGGAGGUCGUAUUCCAUGAUGAUUCUUCCAAUCAUUCGCCCCACUCACCGCCCGGUUCUAAAUUUGGCAUGUCAAAUUUUGACAAUGACCUUGAUCAUCAUGUCGAUUUGUCGCAUGCCCUGCCCACAUAUGGUUAUCUAUUGGAUCAGCACUCAAUACCCGAUACAAUACCAGCUCAAUUAUAUGCCGAUGAUGAUGAUUUUCGAUUAGACCACAAUUCCCUGGGUGCUUUGCACAACAACUCGUCGUCGACAAAUGACGGUGAUUACAUCAAGAAGGAAUGGAGCUAUGGCACGGGUUCAAAUUAUACAAUAAAUGGCAAAUUCGAUGAUGACAGCAAUGCAUUGUGCGAUGCAGCAAAUUUUAUAUACAAUUGAUUAACACCGACACCACCAACACCAUCGCCGGUAUUCAUAGGUGAUGGUUGAUGAUAAGGAUGAUAAUCAUUGACCCUCCUCCACCCCCCAAGCGGAAUGUAGCAAACGAUAUCUCAUCCAGCAUUGUUGAUAUUAUAAGGAAACCCAGACGAAAAAAAAUCAAGCCAGGAAGAAAACAGAACAUACAAGGCAAGUGCAGUGUAGUUGUAGUAGGUGAUAAUGAUAAUAAUAUAUAAUCAUAUGGUGAUGAUCAAGAUAAUGAUAAACAAGAAAGAAGUGUAGCGAAAAACCGCUAGAAGAGAAAUCACUUUCUUUCGGUUUUUUUUUUCAAAAGAAGAAGAGAUUUAACAAAAACAAAUAUUUUACAUUAAGCGCGAAAUGAGGACGUAGACUAAACAAAGAAUAACGUCGUCUCUUACACGCUGGAUGUUUUAAGAAAAGCCCAACAAAAUGCCAACAAAUUUACUAAGUAUUCUUUUUAAUAAUGAUAACUGAUAACAAAGAAAGAAAACAAAAACAAAAUAAGCACAUUAUUUAAAACAAACAUAAAAACAAAUACAUAUAUUUUAACAAAAAAAAACCCUAAUCUAACAUUUAACGUCAUCGUAACAAAAACAAAAAAAAAAAUUGAAAAAAAAAACAAAAUUUUUAGACAUAGGAAAUUUGUUUAGAAACCCCUCCCCAUGCCCGAAUUUUAUUUUUUUGUUUGUUUUUAUUUAAUUAUUAUUUUCUUACAUUUAUUAAUUUUACUCCUCGCAUUAAAGCAAACAAAGAAAAAAAGAAAACGCCACUCCAAAAAACAAACAAAAUUAAAUUUAACAAUUUUACAAAUACGCUUGAGAGACUUUCUUCUACUGGCAGCAGUAAGAAAGUAAACGAGAAGAAGAUACAGAGGGAGUGAAUUGUACAUUAGUUUAUUUUUAAUUAUAAAUAUUUGCAAUUAAUCAAUUUUUUCCAAUUCAUUUUUUAACGUCUUGGAUAAUCAUUUCAAAAAAGUAGUAUUUAAGCUAGUUUGUUAGUUUUUCAUUUUUUUUUAUAAUUUUCAUUCUUACGUUUAGUUUUUGUGUGUAUGUUUGUGUAACUAUUUGUAUUAUCUGUGUAUACAUAAUAUUACGGCAAGAAAAUGUAUUUGUGUUAUUUGAUGUUAACAGAACUAAAAACAAAAAACAAAAAAAGAAGAAAACAAUUCAGAAAUAAUUUCUUUAGUUAUAAGCUUUUUAAAUGUGCAAACUAAAUUUAAUUUUCAAUAACAACAACAACAAUCUCUUUUUUCUACAACAAAAAACUCUUUUGAAUUCUCAAGAACAACAAAAAUCUCUUUUUUCUAUCCCCUCAACAACUCUCAUUUUAUAAGUUUCCCCUUUUUUCUUUUAUUUUCGUGAGAUGUUCGAAAAUCCCUUCCAAAAGCUCUCUCUGUUGGAAUAUACUAGGUUUCUUUCAAGAUUUUUCCUUUGAACUUCCUGAAACUGAAAUAUUUUUAUGAAUUGCUCUAGUAUUUAUCUAUGGCGCCUAAAAGCAUGCAACAGUUUUUGUGAACAUGGAGUUGUAACUGCUACAUUCCUGGCCAAACUUGAUUAUACGUGAACUUAAAAAGGUUUAGUGUUUUUCAGACUUGUUAUUUUGGAUUUAUAAUAGUAGAUUUCGAUAAAAGUUCCUUUUACAUUUUUUCUUUCAUUUUAGCCCACUCUGUUCAGUCAAAAAUAAUAAAUUCAAUCAAAUAGAUAAAAUCGAUACUGGAACGCUUUCCCCCUUCAGAAUUUUAUUGAAUAAUUGAGCCAAGCUUAGGAAGCCCGGCACAGAAAUUGCCCUGAAACCCUUUACGUUGAGGUUUCACAUAAAUUACCAUAAAAACUUGACAUGUUAUACCUUUCAUUAUAAGAAUUUUUUAUUUUGUAUCUCAGUUAGUACCCCCUCGAUAUAUGCAUGUAUUUUUGACCUGCCUACAUUUUUUCGAUUUAUACAACCUGCCUCCAUGUGCCGGGAUCACAUAUUUGUGCUUACACAAACAAUUAAAAUUGGCCAAUUUAAAUGCAUCACCUCUACUGAGAAUUCUUUGGUGUAAAAAUUUCUCUAUGUUGAGAUCCCGAAAUGUCAAAAUAUUGGAUAGAAACUAUGAAUGAAACAUUAUUGCUACUAAAAAAAGAAAAUCAAUGAAAGCAAUUGUAAUUUCUCAGAGUAUAUAAAUCCUCCCUGAAGAAAUUUUAAAUAUAGGCCUGGACACCAAUUAUCUUUCAAUGAAAAUGUAAUAUGAAAUGUUUAAUUUUUUUUUAUUUCAUAUUUUCAUAGAACAAGAAUCCAGGCCUUGCUCUAUAAAAUGUGAAAUGAUUUUUUUUUUUAAGCAAAGAAAUGUCAAGUGAGAAGCAAAUAUUUUCCAUUUCAUAUUUUUAUAGUACAAGAAGCUAAUAUCAUAAAUUCAAGGUUCGAUUUUAAAUUAGGUACUUUGAAUUAUCUUUAAAUCAGAAUUCAAUGUUCAAUAUUGUUCAAUAUUGUUUCAUAUUUUAACAUAACUUCCAUGCAACCAUACCGGCUGAUUUUAUAAGUUUUUAGGUCCUAGACACAUUUUCCAGACGUAAUGGUUAUUAAGUUUCAUAGCCAUACUCUUGAGCUGAAUGAGUUAACGAAUUUGGUAUUUUGAAACAGUAGAAGUAGGUAGAAGACCAUGAGCAUAUUGUGGGCAGUAUAACACUAAAUUUUUUUUUGUCAUUUCGAAGCCUUCCGAUUUGGCUUUAAUAUUAUUUUUUUUUUUUUUUUUGGGGAGAGUAUAUUUUCGAAAUAACAUGUCUUUGCUCCAAUGGAAGUGUGGAGUUGCUGGCUUGGAAGUGUGGAGUUGAAGCAGCAAACGUUUUUUUUUUUUUUGAGGUCAAGGUUAUCACACUUUAAUGGCCUCAUUUGACUUCGACUGUUCAUGUCUUUCUAAGUAUUUAUACCACUUUUCGUAUCUCGCUCCCAAUUGACUUUCCACAGCAGGCUCACGAUUUAUUUUUGGUCUUUUUAAUCUCACUACUGAAGCUUUUAGAAUAUAUCCUGCAGGCAUCCAUGUUUCUAUAUGUAACGAUACUUAAGUAUCUUAGCAUCGUAGGAUGGUAUUCUUUUAAAAUAUGCUACUAAAAAUGCCAUGUCAUGAUGCCAAGCUACUUAUGCACCAAUAUCUUAAGUCUAUGGGGACCAACAAGACCAAUAGUCUUAAGAUUGUACAGUCUUAUACAUUAAAUUCUUACCAUACCGUUUGGCAUAUCCUGCCCGGAAAAGUGGGAGGACAAGGCUGUUCGCAGUACUCAAUAAAAUUACAGUGUCAUCUUGAAGCCAAACCCUGCAUUCGAUAUCGAAAAAAAAAUUCGAUCGAAAUGUUCAUUUUAGAUUGAUAAAAAUUUUAUUUUUCGUAGAUUCAGCUGAGCCACAAAUUCGUUCUAUGAAAAUGUCAAAUGAAAACUUUUAAAAAGAAAUUUCAAAUGAAAAAUUUUAUGAGGAAAAUAUUUUUCAUUUCAUUUUUUCAUAGAACAGGAAACCAAGCCCUAGUGUUCAACUCUUAAGGUGAGGGUACAUAAGCAGCUUGGCAUCAUGUCAUAUUAAUGUCAAAUUAUAAAGGGAAGCAAUGACAGAAUUCGAAUGUGGCUCUGGCGCAUCCCUUUAUGAUAUGUCACAAAAUAUGGCAUGCAAAGACUUCAAGCUUUUUAUGUACUUACACCUUUACAUUCGAUAUUUAGCAGUUUCAGCCGAAACUUUCAAUAAAAUCAAUCCACAUUUCAUUUCGAUUGCAAUUUUUUCUAAAUCAAAUGCAAGAAUUUGUCCCCUGCACGGAUGCAAAGGUCAACACGAAAGGGAGGGCUUGUUAAGUUUAAAAUAACUAGCUCUAAAAAUGUUUCCAGUAUGAUUUCCUUGAUAUUUGUUUUCGAAGUUUGAAGACAAUUUUUAUUGCAGAAUAUCAGAAUUGUUUACUAUAUUCCAACCUAAAGAGAGUUCAAUGCGAUGUCUUUUACUAUUUUUCCAUUCUUGGUUUAUCCCAGAUUAUUAUUCUUAUAUUUUCUUUCUGGAUUCCUAAACAAAAACACAUUUUUUUCUCGUGUAAAUAUUAACAAAUGUAUGUGUGUAUGUGCGUGUUAAACUAUCUGUGUGUAUGUAUGUAAAUGUCAUAGUUAUAAAUCUUUUUUUGGUGUCCUUAAAAAAAAAAACAAAAUUAAGAAAAAAUGAAAUAGAAAUUUUUGGAAUAAAACUACAAAUAUUUAUAUGUAUAUUGUUGCCCGAUGAAUGCAUGUCGUUUUGAAAAUAACCACGCGAUCUAUGUCAUGAGAAUCUUGUGAGUUGGAUUGUCAUUGCAUGGAUGGAUAUACCUAAAUAUUAUCAUUAUCAUCAUCAUCAUCAAAUCCAUUGAUGAGAAUGAUAAUGUCCUUAGUAGAGUAGAACUAUUGCUCUAUGUGUGUGUAUAUGUAGUAUAUAAAUAUUAAUAAUAUAUUAAAACAAAAUAAAUUAGAAUUUUAAUAAAAUGUAACAAUCUUUUUUCUCUGUAAUGUGUAAACUAUAUUAAAAACAAUUAAAUCUCAUUGAAAUUUGCUAUUUUAGGCAAUUGAAUUUCAAAACUGAAACGAGAAGAAGAAAAAAUAUAAAUUUCUUUUUAAUUUUAAAUAUGAAAAGUAAAUUAACAUUUUUUGUAUAGCAAGUAAAUGAUGAACAAUUUUCAAAUAUCCCAGUGCAAUAUCUUUCCCUUCCCCCCCAUUAACCAUAACGUCGAGUAGAGAUCUUUCCAACAGGGAGUGGACAGAAAGUUUUCCUUAACUACAAAUUGUAGAGGAGAUAUUAAUGUAAAACAAAACCGAGUGAAAUGUGAUUUAAAAUAACCCAACGAUUUUAAUUUUUAUUUUUUUUUUACCAUUUUGUAUAUGAAAACUUGAAAAAGCGUAAAAACUGUGCAUACACAUUUCAUAGGCAAGUGCAAUAAUUUCAAAUCAUUUCCCCAUAAAAAACUUUAAUUUUAAUUUUUAAAUUCUCAUUGAAAAAAUAAGGAUUUCAUUUGUAGAAUUUUUGAUGGAUUCGUUUUUUUGUUACUUUACACCGCUGCAAAUUCAGAUAUUUAAGGAGAGGGAUAUAUUUCGGUCACGGUCAUCUUUGACAAAAAGAAGACCAUUUGUGAUACCAUUUUUAGCUCGUCCAGCGAUGAACACCUCCUAUAGAUCAUAUAUUGAUAUAGGUCUUCUAUAGCUUUUUUACCACCAUUCUAUGGAGGGUAUAUAAACUUUGUCAUUCCGUUUGUAAUUCCUCGAAAUAUUCAUAAUAGACCCUACAAAAGUCCCUAUAUAUAUUCAGGAUAAGCGUAAAAUUCUAAGACGAUCUGGCGAUGUCCGUCUAUCCGUCUGUUGUAAUCACGCUAUAUUUCGAACGAAUUGAGAUAGAAGGCUAAAAUUUUGUAUACAUGCAUAGUUUACCAGUAGGUAGGUUAAGUUCGUAAAUGGGCCAUGUCGGUCCACGUUUUCGUAUAGCCCCCAUAUAACGCUACCUUCCGAUAUUCGGUAUUUUCAUGAUUUUAGCGAUAUUAUUUACCGGAAUUUUUUAUAAAUUUCGUAUUUGAAGUUCGUAAUGGGUGCAACAGCCUAUAACAAAAAUGUUUGUAUACAGAACCAAGUCUUCGUAUUGCCGCCAUAUAACGGUACCUCCCGAUAUUCGGUAUUUUGAUGAUUUUAGCGAAUUUAUUCACCGGAAUUUUUUCAAAUUUGGUAUUUAAAGUUCGUAAUGGAUACUACAGCCUACGGCAGAAAAUUGUCUGUGCAGGUCUACCUCUUCGUAAAGCCCCCAAAUAACGGUACCUUCCGAUAUUCGGUAUUUUAAUGAUUUUACGGACAUUUUUAACCAGAAUUGUUUCAAAUUUGAUAUUUGAAGUUUUUCGUAAUGGAUACUACAGCCUAUGACAAAAAUUUUCGUAUGCAGACCACCAAAUGAUAUAAGGCUUUUCAGAGCUUUUGUUGAUAAAAAAACGGCCUUUAGCUGGUUUUGUACCGAUGAAAGAAUUUCUACAGCUCUUCUGUAAAUGGAAGAAAAUUUUCCUGCUUUCCAUAUGUCGAUUGGAAAGAAAAACAUAAUUUUAAAUACGCUCUUUUAAUGCUUGAUGCUUAAAGUCAAUAUUUUCAACAACACCUUAGAUGCCCAAAAAUUUGAUAUUUGAUGUUGAUCAAAAGAUCAUGGCUUCCAAAAUUUGUGUAAGGCAUUAUUGGCUCCCAAAUCCCUAUCUGAGUCCAUUUUAAGUAAAAAGUUCAAAAAAAAAAACAUCGUUUAUGUAGCCAACUUGUUUUGUUUGACCCAAGGAUAAAUGCCUUGAACCCCAUGUAAAGUGCACUCUUGCCCAAUUUCAAAUGUUCCUUGAGAUAUGGAAAUCAACAGGACAAAUUAAGAAGUUCUCUAGAAAUUAAAUCCAUCUUGCAUUGUAGUGGUGUAAGUGUUGACAAGUUCCGUUCCAUCAAUUUGAUUUUACUUAUUUUUUAUAAUUUCAGUACAUAUUUAAAGUAAGCAUUUGAAAUUCUUUAAAUUUUAACUUUACUUUAAUUAUCUCCCCAUUAUCCACAAGGCGACCCCUCCGAUUGCAAAUAAAACUAAUAAUCAUUGCAUUUAAAUUCGUAAAAUUAAAAAAAAAUCUCAUGUUAAAUAAUAACCACAAUUGCUAUAUAGAUUUAUUAUUAAAUGUUUACAUUAAAUAUUUAGCAUGGUAGUAGUAAUCAUUUUAAUCAUUAAAACAAUUAUUAUGUAUUAUAAAAUAACAAAAAAAAAAAAAAAAAAAAAAAAACUAAACGCGUAACAUUAACAAAUAACUUUGCCUCUGUCAUUCCUCUUAACAUUAAAAACCCACAAUGAAGCAACAAAAAUUAGGCAAAGCACUUUUAAAAUUAAAGAAUACUUAUAUAGUAUAUUUAAUUAAUUUUAUUCCUUGUUUUAAUUUGUUUCAUUUGAAAAAGUAAAAAAAGGAAAACAAAAAACAAACAGUAGUACAAUUUGAUUAGUAGUUUAAACCAAAUGUAAACCGAAACCAACAAUAAUUAAUCAAUAAUGUUGUUGAUUUUUUUUAAACAAUUCAUAUAAAAACAAAACAAAAACAAAUAUAUAUACUAAAUAUAUAGAACAACAAUUUAGUGAAAUUUAACAAAAUUUGUCGAAAAAACAUAAGAAUAAAAUAUGCAAAAUUAUUACAGUCAUACAUACAUAUACAUUGAAAUAUUUAGUAAAAAACAAAAUGGAAUACACAACAUUAUAAAUUGAAAAUGAAAUUCUAUAAACAAAUAUAUAUUUACCCCAUAAUUAUUAGUAGUCAAAAAAAAAAAAAAAACUUAGCCAUUAAGCAUUACAACAUUAACAUAACACAAAAAACAAAAGAAAUAUUUAGAUUUUUAGCUCAGCAUAAUAGUAUUUCAUGUAAAGUUUUGUAAUUUUAUUUUAAUUUUUGUUUUGUUGUAUAGCUUUUUCAUAUUUCGCUUGUUUUUGUGUUUGUCCUGUCCUGACUUAUUUCAACAUUUGAACAGCGUGUGCUUAGAUGGUUUCAUAUUAUUCUUUUCACUAUCAAAUUUGGAGAUAUAUUUGAAGUAUUUUAAUUUUUAUUUUUCACAUGUUUUUAUAAAUUCAUUAUUAACACCUCAUUUUCGAAAUCCAUUAUCAAAUUUUAAAAAACAAGUUCCUUAUUGUAGUCACUUUUUGAAAAAAAAUGUGAGAAAAACAUUCUAACGUAGAUUGCAACAUUUGUUUUUUUUUUAAGAAAUUCUAAUUCAAUGUCACUACAGCCCAAAAUGUCUACACAAGAAAUUUCGAGGAACACUUUCCAAGGGAAUUUUAUUCUAUUUUACAACACAAGAUCACCAAUUAAUAGGCCUUUCAUAGACCUCUGCAGAUAAGAACGUCAUGAUGAUCCAAUUGAUAAAACACCUUUUAUGGUUCUUUUUUUAUUAGAGGUGCUUCUAUGUGCCUUCUAAGGAUACACAUCGAACGCAAGGCCUUUUGUAGAUAAAAUGUCUUUUCCAAAUAUCUGCCUUCUAAAGGACGACGUUUUAAAGUACGAUAAAUUCAAUAGGUCAUUGAACCUGUUGCUUGAAGACAAAUA